AUGAAGUCCUCCCUAAUCCUCCCCUUCGCGACCCUGGCCUCGGCCAUCUGCCACCACCGCACAUCCCUCUACGCCCGCUCCGCCGGCGCCGAGGGCGAGGUCGAGGUCGCCACGUUCGGCUACAACGACCUGACGGGCCCCCUGAACUGGCACGGCCACAAGAACGAGAGCUCAAAGUGCGCGACGGGCACGCAGCAGAGCCCGAUCAACCUCAACGACACCUCGGCGACGCUCGUGGCCGGCGCGAGCCUGGGGUUCGACCUGCCGGCGUACCCGGACGGCGCGGUCCUCGAGAACCUCGGCAGCACGCUCGAGGUCGUCGCGCAGAACGGCACGCUGACGAGGGACGGGAGGACGUACGCGCUCAAGCAGUUCCACUUCCACACGCCCAGCGAGCACCGCGUCGAGAGCGAGUAUUUCCCCAUGGAGGUGCAUUUUGUGUUUGAGGCGGAUGCCGAGGCGAAUCAGAACUCCACGGGCCCCAGCGCCUCCGUCGUCGGCUUCCUGAUCGAGGUCGACAACACCUCCCCCUCUCCCCUCCUGUCCAACGUCUUCGCGCACCUCGACGAGGUCGCGGAGCCCGGCUCGCACUCGGAGACGCAGGGCCUCGACUUCUGCGAGCUCAAGGACCUCCUGGCGCGCUCCGACGUGUACCAGUACGGCGGCAGCCUGACGACGCCGCCGUGCACGGAGGGCAUCGCGUGGAACGUGGUCGCGGAGCCGCUGACGGUCGACGACGUCACGUUCCGCGCCGCCAAGAAGGUCAUGAAGUUCAACUCGCGGUACACGCAGAACGUCCCCGGCCGGAAGAACCUGCUGGAUCACUCCAGGGUCAUGCUCAACGCCAUGUCGCCUUAA